AUGGUAGAACAGUUAGAGAGCCGUGUUCUGGGGAUCGAGCAGGGGCAGGAAGAGCUAAGCAAUCGAAUGAAGAAGAUAUUGGACCUAUUGUUGAACAAAGGGAAGACAGUCCAAGAUCAGGAUCAUGAAGAAGAAAAUGACCCUAUCCACCCGCCCGGUUUUACGCCAAUUCAUGGGCAAUCUUCUGGUCCGCCCCCAUUCUCCUCGGAGAAACCGCCGCAUGGCACGCCACCUUUUAUCCCAGCAGUGAUAGGAAUGGGGAUGCCCUCAUCAACAGUUGUGGGUGUAGGGACAAACAAGAUCGCGACGGAAUAUCGUUGUGACGAAUUGGAAGAACGGCUAAGGGCCAUAGAGGGGACUCGGACCGCCAAUACCUCCAGACCCUCAGAUUACUGCCUAGUGCCUAAUGUAGUCCUUCCUCCAAAGUUUAAGAUGCAUGACUUCGAGAAGUUUGAUGGGACCACAUACCCUCAGACCCACCUCCGGAUGUAUUGUCAGUCGAUGGCCGCCUAUACCGAUAAUGAGAAGUUGAUGAUGCAUUGCUUCCAAAGCAGUCUUACCGGGACAGCAGCUAGAUGGUAUGUCCUGCAGAAUAAGGCCCAAAUCCGUACAUGGGGUGACUUGGCCGAUGCCUUCGAAGCGCAAUAUCGUCAUAUCUUGGAAUUGGCUCCAGACAGGAUGUCUCUUUCUGAAAUGGAGAAAAAGCCAACAGAAACUUUCAGGGAGUAUGCACACUGUUGGAGAGACGCGGCCACUCAAGUGGACCCUCCGGUCAGCGACCGUGAGGCAAUAUCGAUGUUCGUAGGGACGUUAAAAGAUCCCUACCGUUCACAUCUAGUAGGGUCCACCCCUCAUAACUUCAUGGACAUUGUGUCGGCAGGGGCCAGAGUGGAAGCCGACGUCAAAGCUGGACGGAUAAAGACUAGCACUACCGAUAAUGGCCCAAGUAAGAAGUGGGUCAAAGGUAAAAAGGAAGAAGAAACCCAAAUGAUACAGGGGCCUAUCAGGAGCCUAAGACAGAGAAGCCGAAGUCAACAACCUAGGGGAAAUUUUUACAUGGAACCAGUAGUAAACCAAACACUACAUAUGGGCCCCAGGCCCCAGUUUGUGGCCCCCACACUUGUGCCAGCCCAGCCGAACAUACCAACUUGCCCGAGCCAGCAAACACACAUGAGGAAUACACCCAAGAGUUUUCAGAGAUUGGUACCAAUUCCCAUGUCAUACGCAGACUUAUUCCCCCAACUUCUAGAACAAAGGAUGAUAUCUACCAUCCCCAGGAUUCCUCUCACAAAUCCUCCCCCGCACUGGUAUAAUCCUGAGGUCCGAUGCGCGUACCAUGCCAAUUCUCCAGGGCACCCUAUUGACCAAUGUUGGGCCUUCAAACACAAGGUGCAAGAUUUGAAGGAUGCGAGUUGGUUGUCAUUCGAUGCGAGGCCGGUUGGUAUUCAAGAGAAUCCUUUGCCUGACCAUGGGAAGGACAAUGUCGGAAUGAUCGAGGAACAAGAUGGGGGAAAAUCCGAAAGAAGAUGGGAGCAAAUGACGCUAGACUGGGUGUAUAGUGAACUGACAACGGCAGGCCUAGUCAGUACUAGGCUAAUUUGCACACCUAAAGGGGCGCCCAGCACAGUUCCAAAAAUACUAUGA